AUGGCAACACCUGAAGAAUUAAAACAAUUAAGAUCUGAUUGUACCUACCGUUCAAAGUUGGCUGAGCAAGCCGAAAGAUAUGAUGAAAUGGCUGAUGCUAUGAGAACAUUGGUUGAACAAUGUGUUAAUAAUGAUAAAGACGAGUUAACUGUUGAAGAAAGAAAUUUAUUGUCUGUGGCUUAUAAAAAUGCUGUAGGUGCCCGAAGAGCCUCAUGGAGAAUCAUAUCAAGUGUUGAACAAAAAGAAAUGAGCAAGGCUAAUGUUCAUAACAAAAAUGUAGCUGCUACUUAUAGGAAGAAAGUUGAAGAAGAAUUAAAUAGUAUAUGUCAAGAUAUUUUAAAUCUUCUUACGAAAAAGUUAAUACCAAAUACUUCAGAAAGUGAAAGUAAAGUAUUUUAUUAUAAGAUGAAAGGUGACUACUAUCGUUAUAUUAGUGAAUUUUCAUGUGAUGAAGGAAAAAAAGAAGCAUCGAAUUUUGCUCAAGAAGCAUACCAAAAAGCUACUGAUAUUGCAGAAAAUGAGCUUCCUUCAACUCACCCAAUACGUUUAGGAUUAGCAUUAAACUAUUCAGUUUUCUUUUAUGAAAUAUUAAAUCAACCACACCAAGCUUGUGAAAUGGCAAAAAGAGCUUUUGAUGAUGCCAUCACUGAAUUUGAUAAUGUUAGUGAAGAUUCAUACAAAGAUUCUACUUUGAUUAUGCAAUUAUUAAGAGAUAACUUGACCUUAUGGACAUCAGAUUUACAAGGAGAUCAAACAGAAGAAAAAUCAAAGGAUGAAGGAUUAGAAUAA